CAAAUGAAUCCAUUGAAAGCAAAAGGAGAGAAUAGAAGAAGAAAUGGAGAAGAAAGAGAGAGGUUAUAGUGCUCAUGUCAUAGUCUUUCCAUACCCGAGCCAAGGUCAUAUAAACCCAAUGCUCCAAUUUGCAAAACGGUUAGCUUCCAAAGGCCUCAAAAUCACAGUAGCCACCACACACUACACUGUGAAAUCCAUCCAUGCCCUAGGCGUGUCUGUCGAGCCAAUAUCCGAUGGCUACGAUCAAUCCGGCUUUUGGCAAGCCCCCAGCGCCGAUGCCUACAUCGCGGAAUUCAAAGCCAUUGGCUCCAGAACACUAACAGAGCUCAUACAGAAGUUGGACCGGUUGGGCUCGCCGGUCGAUUGUGUAGUGUAUGACUCGUUGCUAGGAUGGGUACAAAAUGUAACUAGGCAGCUAGGCGUACGUGGAGCCAUUUUUUUCACCAAUUCGUCAUUUGUGUGCUCGAUCUUCUGUCGACUGCACCAUGGGCUAUUGAGUUUGCCAUUGAGCUCCGAUGCGAUGCCCCUGACGCUGCCGGGCAUGGUUCCGCUCGGCUAUUCCGAGUUGCCGACCUUCCUAACGGGGGUGGUCUAUCCGGCUUACUGGACCAUGGUCAUGAACCAGUUCGCUGGCUUGGAUAAGGUUGAUUGGGUCUUUGGGAACACGUUCGAACGGUUGGAUGGGCAGGCAGCAAAAGCAAUUUCGGACUUGUGGCCCGUAAAGAUGAUUGGGCCCAUGGUACCAUCAUCCUACUUGGACGGUCGUAUCAAAGGUGAUACAAGCUAUGGGGCCAGUCUUUGGAAGCCAGACAGCGACAAGUGCAUCCAAUGGCUCGACACUAAACCAAAUGGGUCGGCUGUCUAUGUGUCGUUUGGUAGCAUGGCGGAAGUGUCGCCGAAACAGAUGGAUGAAAUCGCGUGGGGACUGAAGGGAUGCAACAUCCCAUUCAUAUGGGUCGUCAAGGAGUCUGAGCAGUGCAAGUUGCCUGACUGGUUUGAGCCGUCGAUCGAAGAUCAAGGGUUACUCAUAUCAUGGUGUGAUCAGCUACAGGUGAUGGCCCAUGAGGCUGUGGGCUGCUUUGUAACACAUUGUGGGUGGAACUCUACACUAGAGGGGUUGUGCCUGGGCUUGCCAAUAAUCGGUGUGCCUCAGUGGGCUGAUCAGCCCACAAAUGCAAAGCUAGUGGAGGAUGUGUGUGGGGUGGGAUUAAGGGCUAAGAUGGAUGGAGAAGGGAUUGUGAGAAGGGAAGAGAUUGAGUUUUGUAUAAGGGAAGUGAUACAUGGAGAGAGAGGGAAAGAGAUUAAGAAGAAUAGUAGGAAAUGGAGGGAGUUGGCUAAGGAGGCAGUUGAUGAAGGUGGGAGCUCAGAUAAGAACAUUGAUGAAUUUGUGUCCAUGUUGUGUGGUGGGAAUAGGAGUACUCUAAUCAAUGGGUCCAUCUAGUUCGACGGGAGUGCCACGUGCCCAUUUGGCACACAUGGGUAUGAUUGGCACCGUUUAUUAGGUGGGCCCCAUGUAUCAGGUGAGUCCAAUCUUCAGGUGGGCCACGUGGAAAUAAUAAUAAAAAGGAUGACCAAUGUCCUUGAUAGUAUGUAGUUGUGCCUCCUACUUUGACGCAGUAGACCACCCUAAUUUUCAAAUA